AUGGCUUCUACAUGGGAAGAGCUAGCUGCGGACAAACGAGCCCGCAUCAACAACUCAAUCCCCGAGGAAUGGAGGAUCCAAUCCCUCCCCGCGGGCGAUUCGUCCUUUGAUUACCCGGCGAAGUCGGGCUUGCUCUCCGAUAAAGAGCUAAAGAUCACGGAAUCCAGCGCGACCGAUUUAGUUCAGCAGCUGGCGAAGGGCGAGCUCAAGGCAGUCGACGUGACAAUCGCCUUUUGUAAGAGAGCCGCACUGGCACAUCAGCUGCUGAACUGUUGCCACGAGUUCUUUCCCGAAAUGGCGAUUGCCCAAGCCAAAGAACUUGAUGAAUACUUUGAGACACACAAAAAGCCGGUUGGACCACUCCAUGGAUUACCAAUCUCGCUUAAGGAUCAACUACGUGUAAAGGGUCUUGAAACAUCAAUGGGGUAUGUCUCCUGGCUUGGAAAAUACGACACGACCGAGUCGGUUCUCGUGACUCUUCUCCGAAAGGCCGGUGCCAUUUUCUACACCAAGACCAGUGUGCCGCAGACACUCAUGGUUUGCGAGACUGUGAACAAUGUCAUCGGAAGAACCCUGAACCCGCGAAACAAGAACUGGUCGUGCGGCGGGAGCUCGGGAGGCGAGGGUGCCAUGGUUGGAAUUCGUGGAGGUGUAAUUGGAGUGGGAACUGACAUUGGUGGCUCGAUUCGAAUCCCUUCAGCCUUCAACUUUCUCUAUGGAAUUAGGCCGAGUCAUGGUCGUAUGCCCUACGCCAAAAUGGCAAAUAGUAUGGAGGGCCAAGAGACUGUGCAUAGUGUGGUUGGGCCAAUUGCCCAUUCGGCAGCAGAUAUCAGGUUGUUCCUUACAUCGGUGCUGGCAGAGGAGCCGUGGAAGUAUGACCCCAAAGUGAUCCCUCUUCCUUGGAGAUCUGCCGAGGAAGAAUCUAUCAAGUCGAAAAUUCCGGGUGGUUUGACCCUCGGCUUUUACUCCUCCGAUGGCGUGGUUCUCCCUCAUCCGCCCAUUCUUCGAGGUGUCGAGACGGUCGUGUCAGCCUUGCAGCAAAAUGGCCAUACACUUCUUCCCUGGACUCCAUACAAACACGACUUUGCGCAUGAGCUUAUCAAUGAUAUAUACGCCGCAGAUGGCAACAUCGACGUGUCCAAGGACAUCAAUGCCUCUGGAGAGCCAUCGAUCCCCAACAUCAAGGACCUCCUGAAUCCAGACAAAGAACAGAUCGGGAUGAACGAACUGUGGGACACCCACCUCAAGAAAUGGAACUAUCAAAGCGAAUACCUUGAGAAAUGGCGGGAGCUCGAGGAGCAACAAGGCAAGGAAGUGGACGCUAUUAUUGCUCCAAUCACAGCUACCGCAGCCAUCCGUCACAACCAGUUCCGGUACUAUGGCUAUGCCUCGGCGAUCAACUUGCUUGAUUUUACCAGCGUUGUCGUCCCAGUCACCUUUGCAGACAAGAAACUGGAUACCAAGAAAGAAGACUACCAGCCGCUGAGUGAAUUGGACGCCAGUGUGCAAGCUGAGUACGACCCUGACGCGUAUCAUGGGGCCCCUGUGGCGGUGCAGGUUAUUGGACGCAGACUGAGCGAAGAGCGCACUCUGGCUAUCGCGGAAGAGAUUGGAAGGCUUCUCGGUAAUUCUGUGACGCCCUAA